AUGGUUCCCAUCGUCAUCUGCCGCCGCCAACCUCCCGGUCACGCGGCCAAGCACGGCGAUGCCGCCGCCCGUGCCCACAGCUCCGUCGCCUUCCACCGCAUCUCCAUCUCCUUGGCCGCCUUGCCAGCCUGCGACCGACGUUUACGACCUGCCGAUUCGGCCGCAGCUUCCGAUGCGCUUCCCCAACUUCGACCUCGCCGCGAGCUUGAUAGCUUCCGCAUGGGGGCUAGUUCUGACGACGAGCCCAAGACAAGCUUAACAAUAGCGUUAUCGCCAUCCUGGCCCCGGGAACACGGACGACCCUUUGCGCCUGGGCGAGCAUCCGAUGCGCUGCCGCCGUUGAACGGCCUGUGCUUUCUCCCGCCCACGUGUGUUCCCUUCUCAUACUUGCGAGCGAUAUAG